GUCGUUUUCGCAUCAUCUUUCCGUCUAUACUCUCCCCAGGAAGCACCGCAAGCUAGGACAACGGAUAUCUCGAGAUCACUGGGCAGUAAUAUUCAGUUGCUCACAGUCUCGGGUCUGCAUCACCAGGAUCGGUCGAGCUUGCAGAACCCCGGACCGCAGAUCAGUUCACGACGAUCGCCCGUUGAGAGAAUAUCUCGUUUCCUCCCACAGACACCUUCCUCGCGCGCUCUCUACCCACAAAGCUGCUGUGUCUACUACUGCUGUAGACAGAUGAUCGGUCGAAGAUAAGGACAUGGACAGCAGCGUGCUGCGCUUGUUGCAGGACAAGCUCUACGACAAGCGAAAGGCCGGCGCACUCGAGCUCGAAGCGAAUAUUCGAUCAGCUCUUGCGGAAAACAACCAUGACCGGAUCGCCAAGAUUGUCCGACAGCUCUGUCAUGAUUAUGCCUAUGCCGUGCACCAACCUCAUGCCCGAAAUGGAGGACUCAUCGGUCUUGCUGCGGCAGCAAUAGCUUUGGGACCGGAAGUGGCUCGAUAUCUCCGAGAAAUCGUUCCCCCUGUUCUGGCAUGCUUCUCCGACCAGGAUGCCCGGGUGAGAUAUUAUGCAUGUGAGAGCAUGUACAACAUUGCCAAAGUCGCCAAAGGAGAGAUUCUCAUCUACUUCAACGACGUCUUUGACGCCCUUUCCAAAUUGGCGGCAGAUACAGAGUUGUCCGUCAAAAAUGGCGCCGAAUUGCUGGAUCGUCUGGUCAAAGACAUAGUGUCCGAAUCAGCUGCCACCUAUGCUUCCAUACUCCUUCCCGAUCUUCCCUCGGCACCAAACGACGCGGGCGAUGGCUCGCUUAGUCACAGUCAGGAGAUUUCCACGGCUUUCAGCUUACCCAAGUUUAUCCCACUACUCCAAGAGCGGAUUAAUGUUCAAAAUCCAUUUGCUAGGACCUUUCUUGUUUCAUGGAUCACGUUGUUGGAUCAGAUCCCUGAUCUGGAGCUUGUUGCCUUUCUUCCAAGCUUCCUUGGUGGUUUGCUGAGAUUUCUCAGCGACUCAAACGAGGAUGUGCACACUACGACUCAAGUUGCGCUGCAAAGGUUUCUCAUUGAGAUUCGAAAGAUUGCGAUGGUGAAGAAAGGGAUUGCUGAAAGUAGGAGGAGUAGAGAAGACGCCGGUAGAGAUGACAAUAGCGAUCUCCAACAGGACGAUGGCGAAGAGACGAAAGAAGGAGAAGAGGACGAGGACAUCCACGACGCCGAAAAGGUGGACGGAGUGGACGGCGAAACGGCUGGCCCUCGUCAAACAUCAAACGAGGACAACCCUUAUGAUGAUAAUUCCGACACCGCAGGCGAUGACGAAGAAGAUAGCGAAGACUUCGACGAUGAAUGGAUACCUGGACAGGAUGUCAACAUCGAGUACGAAAAGAUUUUGGAAAUCUUGGUCGAUUUCCUCUCGAGUUCCCGAGAAGUGAAAGUCCAGGUCGUAGCACUACGAUGGAUUGAAGCUUUCCUCGAGAUAUGUCCCGAAGACAUCCUUUCUUUCACGCCAAGAUUAUUGGAACAGCUUCUCCCGGCCCUCUCACAUCACGAGGAGAACGUCAGCACCGCCGCCACGAGUGUCAACCAACAGCUGUUGAGCUAUGUGAUGUCUCUUCCAGAGGAUCCAGCACGAGGCAAUGGAGGUUCGACAGAAGGCUCGCUAGCAAUGUUAAAUCUUGCGCCAAACCAAGUUCAGAGUAGCAUUCCCACUUUCCGAACAGGUCGAGAGUCACUAGGUGGCGACAAGAGGGAAUCUUUCGGUGCGUCGCGUUCACGGAAGCCACUGGGUACAGACGCCGAUGGAGCAAGGGCGUCCCAAACGGCAACCCCAGAACCGACUGUGGAAGGAAAGGUCGCUCUAGUCAAUAUGGUCAACGACCUCGAUUAUGAGGCAGCAGUCAGUGCAUUGACCCUGCAAUUUCUGCACGAGCAUGAGGCAACCCGAGUUGCAGCCUUGGCCUGGCUCAUCAUGUUACAUCGCAAAUCACCACGCAAGAUCCUUGCUAUACAAGACGCCACAUUCCCAGCGUUGUUGAAGACGCUGAGCGAUCCUUCCGAAGCCGUCGUCACUCGGGACCUGGUCUUGCUAUCACAAAUCAGCAAGAGUAGUGACAACAGCUAUUUCACUUCUUUCAUGGUCAAUCUUCUAAAGCUCUUCUGCACCGAUCGUCGAUUGCUUGAAACACGCGGCAAUCUCAUCAUUCGACAACUUUGUUUAUCCCUUUCUGCCGAGAGGAUUUACCGAACUCUUGCUGACUGUCUCGAGAAAGACAACGAGGAUGAUAUUGAGUUCGCGUCGAUCAUGGUCCAGAAUCUCAACAAUAACCUCAUUACGGCCCCCGAACUGGCGGAUUUGCGCAAGCGUCUACGUAAUCUUGACAGCAAGGACGGGCAGACUUUCUUCACUGUCAUCUUCAAAGCAUGGUGUGUCAACGCCGUGGCCACAUUCAGUCUUUGCCUCCUUGCACAGGCAUAUGAACAAGCAUACAACCUACUUCAGAUCUUCUGCGAAAUGGAAAUGAGCGUCGCGAUGCUUAUCCAAAUCGACAAACUUGUCCAACUCCUCGAAAGUCCCGUUUUCACGUACCUCCGCAUGCAGCUCCUGGAACCCGAGCGCUUCCCUUAUCUCUACAAAUGUCUUUACGGGCUACUCAUGCUCCUACCUCAAUCCUCAGCAUUCGCUGCGCUCAAGAACCGUCUGAACAGCGUGUCUGCAAUCGGCUACCUCCACGUCGGCGCCGUGGCUGCCGCUUCAUCGUCCUCCUUUGCCCCCACUCGUUCCGCUCCUCCCGGUUCAACAGGUCCCUCGGUAGGUAAUUUCGCCGACCGCCAGAACCGGCUCAAAUCUCGCGAUGAUGCCGCCUCGGCUGUUCGUUGGUCGGAUCUAUUGGAAAAAUUCCGCACCACGCAAGAUCGUGUUCGCCGCUCACAACAGCGGCUCCUCCGUGCUCAACAUGGCCUUGACGACGAAAACCCUUCCCUCCUACUCAGCGGUGCGGCUGAGGAACAUUAUUCCUCUGCUUCUGUGGACCAGCUCCGUGCUGGCGGUCGUCUACGUGAUCCUCGCGCCGUCGGCGGUCACUCCAGAAAUCCCAGCGCUGCAUCAAAUCGCGCAGGGGGAAGCGCGCAGGGUCGCCUCUCGCUGCAGGUUCCGGGACAGGGCUCACAGAUGGUGUCAGUGGGUACUUCGCCCGGUGGAGUUCAAGGUGCUGGAGGUGGUCCCGCGCAACCUUCCCAUCUGCUCGGCAGGGAGAAAGCAAAAGCAGGUACCGCCACCGGCACCAGUGGAACUGGUUUCGGCGGACCACUGAGUAGACUCACGGGCGGUGGCGCUGCGGCGGGAGGUGCAUCGUCCGUGGGACUUGGUGGAUUUGGAAAAGGGAAGAGAUGAGACUUGGGAACGACGAUGGCUCGUUUGACCUCAUGAUCAAUGCCUUUGUCUUUAGAAAUGUCAUUUCUGGGGUUCAUGGAGUAAAGACGACGAUGUUCACCGCAGGGGCCAUGUCGUUUUCCCUUGAAAAUCACCCUUUGGAGAACAGUCUCGCACUUCAUUCUUAUACAGUUUAAUCUCAGCGCAGCGUUUUGGCACAGCCUCUUCUUGCAUAUAUAUAAUGAAAGAAACACUCUUCACCU